AUUAUGGAAACUACAUACCGCGUAAGAUUUUUUUAUUCAUAAAAAUAGCAAGUAGAUUGCAACCAAAUUCAUAGAGUAACUAACCAAAGAGAAUUUUUAAAUACAAAUCCGUGAAAGUGAUGUUCAGUGUCACAUUCCGAAACGCAACUGUCAUUAUUAUUUGUGGGAUAAAAAAUGUUGCAAAAGGAUGAUUGCUUUUAAAUUCCUCAGCGGAGUAAGAACAGCGGUGGUCUCCAGAGUUAUCACGAGAAACAAAGGCUCAGCUUCUGAUCCUGUUCAGCAGCUAUUCGUAGACAAGAUACGGGAAUAUAGGCAGAAGAGUGCUGAUGGAAAAUUUGUGGACCCUAGCCCAGCUAUUUUGAAAGAACUGAAGGCAGAACUUGGGAAACUUGAGAAGCACUACGGCGGUGGGCCAGGGGUCGACAUGACGGCGUUCCCUGAUUUCAAGUUUGGGGAGCCUAAGCUUGAUCCUAUUGAUGAAGUAAUUCCUGAAAAACCCUCAGCCAGAGGUAAGAAGAAGAAAAAGAAGCCUAAGAAGAAGUGAUUGCUUCGAAGUUGUCGGCUUUGUAAACAUAGAUGCUGAUAUUAACUUUUUAUGUAUAGUUUUAUUGUCAAAGGAUUUGCAUGUAAACAAUUACAAAGCAGUUUUAGUAUAUAAUUAUAAAAUAA